UGAGCAGUUACCGCGGUUACUAGUACUGGCGGAAGUGCUGUUUAGAGAAAAGCGUCAAAUCGCACGUUUCCGGGUGUUUCAGGUUGCACAUUGAGUGUGGAAGAGAGAAACGUAGAUUCUUAUUGCUGUUAUUCUUUGAAAUACAGUGUCAUGAAGGGCAUUGAUAGGUUACGGUUUCUAAUGGUGGCAUUGCUUUUUAUUGCCUAUUUUGCGUGGGCUGAGGCGGCCCGGAAUCGUAAGGAGUACAGCGGGCAGCAGAAUUCAUUUAGGCGGGCAGCUCAUAGCUUCCACCAGGCACUGAGUAGCUUUAUCGGAGAGGAAAAUCUGCGGGCUGUGCAGAAGUUCUUCUCCCAGAUUACAGAGAGAUUUGUGCAGAAUGUUGACGUAUUAGUUGAGACAGUUUGGAGAAUCUGGGCGGAUCUGUUAGAAGUUCUUGGAAUUGAUGCUUCAAAAAUGUCUCACUAUUUUAGCCCUUCUGCGAUUACAAACAACCCAUCUCGAGCCGUAAUACUGGUUGGGACCAUUUUGUUGUCUUACUGGUUCCUUUCACUGUUACUUGGGAUUUUCUUCUAUUUCCUCCACACUGUGUUUGGUCGCUUCUUCCGGAUUGUGAGAGUUGUCCUGUUUGCCCUGUCUUGCCUCUACAUCCUUCAGAAGUAUGAAAGCGACCUGGAGAGUGCAGUCCUCCCACUCUGUGUGGUGGUGGCAGUGUACUUCAUGACUGGUCCUGUUGGAUUUUACUGGAGAAGGGGCGGCAGCAGCAGCUUAGAAGAAAAGCUUGACCACCUCGAAAGUCAGAUGCGUCUUCUCACCAUUCGUCUUAACAGAGUUAUUGAAAACUUAGAGCGAGUCAAUGAACAGUGAUGAAAGUAUCCCAUAACGUCACCUUCACCAGCAACUCGCAGAGUAAUAAAGGAUUGCCAUUUUGGGCAUCAAAUCUUUAGAGCGCAGUGUCCUAAAAGUUAUUUUUUUCCUCACUUGUAAUUGAAUUCCUUGGUGAAGUAAUUUUUAGCCGUGAUAACCUGAAUAUUUUAAAUGGAAACAUUCCUAAAUGUUAUCACAGUGUUAGUCAUAUGACUAAAUUGACAGUUAUUAACAUUUAUGUGGUUCUGCAGCUUAAUUCAAAGGAAACUGUCUUAAAAAAUAUUACAGCAGACAUGCCAUAUUUUAGCAGCCUGCUGCUGCGUGCACCACAUUGCUUUUGAAUAGCUGAAAAUGUUCUCCUGUGAAAGUGGAAGUAUCCAGUAUAUGUAUUGCAGCAAAGUCAAAUUAGUUCUCAGUAAGCAUCUUAAUAGCCAGAAGUUUGCACACGCAAUUUCAGAUAAAAGUUCAGUUUACAUUUGUUGUGUAGAUGCAUUGUGUUUUCAGCAGUAUCUG